GCGUGCUGUGCCUUCCGUUGUUGAUAAAUGAGCUGCAUCUCCUCCCACCUUGUUUGUCCCAGUCCCUUGUCUUUUCUCCCCCAAACUUUGUCCCUUACACCGAAACACAAUCAAUCAGUCAAUCACUUUGAUACGUCGCAUCUACAAUCGAAUCGAACCCGACAACAACCAAGCGAAUUCGCAUUAGACUAUUAACCAGAAGUACUAGUCGCAAUCAUCAUCUCUUUCGAAUACGAUUUGCUUGCAGGCGCCAUCGCAUCGCUUCUUUCAGUCGACCACCAUUGUCAUUCCGCCUCGGCUCUCGACUCAACAAACCCGACAACUCUUUCGGGGGACUAAACAAUUCCCCAGAACCCAUUUCUUCCUUCCAGAGCAGUCGCCACAAUGAAGGAUUCAAGCGACAAGCAAUGGGCCAAGGCUUAUAUUCUUGACCCAUUAAACGAUAUUGAACCAAACCAAGACACCGGUAUCGGCGCAUCUCACAAUCUUGCUGCUCAACUUCGAAACAUCUCUCUCGAAGGCUCAAGUUCAAACUCGAACUCAAACUCAAACAGAGACCGCUCUCCCGAGAGAAAGCACAGGCACAAACCAAGUCAUUCGAGUCACAGACAUCGCCAAGGCAGCUAUCCUACUCCACCAACAUCUGCCAGCCCAACCCGCGACAGCUUUCAUUCCUCGAACCCUUUCUCCGACGCUGCAGCUGCACGCCGUCAAUCUUCAGCUCCAUCAGUGACUGUAUCUCCCCCGGAUUCUCCCCCAGGUCCAUCCGAUACUCGUCGCGACCCAUUCAGUUCCUCUAUCAAUCGAUCGGCCAGUGCUAGAGUUCCGCCUCCGCGUAAUCGACCUCAAGUUUCACACAAUCGCAGCUUCAGUGCCAGCAACUGCGGAGUUUCACGCCAACGUUCACUGAUCCAACGAUACCCAGGCGACAUGUCUCACCGACCUCUCGACAUCCUUAGAAAGGAGGCUCGCGCGGCCGAUCGCGCCCCCCAUCUUCGUCGCAAGCAAAUGCCAAUGGCAGACACAAUUGAUGCUCUGGAUACCAUUGGCGGGAUGUAUCAUCAUGGCGGCCCCUAUGACGCCACCCUGGCAAGCCGCAACCGCAACAAGAUGUAUUCACCCGUUGCUGCUGUUGAAGACUCGAACCGAGAAGCUCUUCGCGCUACUCCCAGAGAAAACAUUCAAGAUGCUCUGCUCAAAAAGAUGCCGCUCCAAGGCACUGCUGAUAUUCCUAGCGGCGAGCGGGACAUGAGCGGCAACACCAUAGAUUAUGAAGAGGGUGCUGAUCUCAUGAGAGAACCUGACGCUGUUGGUGGCGCAUACAAGCGUUGGGAUGGCAUUCAAUACCAUCCUGAUGACCUCAAGGGCAAGGGCGAGCCCUCUUACACUUAUGAGAAGGACCUCAAGGAGCAAAAGCGUUUCCGUCGAGGUGAACCCGUCGAGUACGAACUCUCAUCAAACAUGCGAGGCAGCAAACGCCCACCCUUUAGCCACAACCGCAGCUUCAGCGAGAAUCCACGAACAACACCCGAAUUCUCAAACGGUACUGACAUUCGCCGCAACAACUCGACAGGCAAACACCGUCUGAGCGACGGUAUUCGACGACGUUUUGGCAGCAUGCGACGCAAGAAGGUAGAGGCCGAGUAGAUACCUUCAACUUUGUGAUAUUGUUUUCAUGUGAUUAUAACUUGGACUGGUACUGGCGUUUUCUGGGAUUCAUUUAUACGGGAGAAGGCUUCUUACUCUUGGGCGAAUAGUGACGAUAAAGAUUAGUCAAGACUUGAUAAGACAGGCGCUAUAGGAUAUAUGUUUUGGUUAUGGCCUGUACAGAUUUACGGAAGAAACAGACUUGGGAAAACAAAAGUCGUUUACUAUUCAUUUUCUUUGUUCUUUUCUUUGGCUUGUAGAUGGGUCCCAGCAUGUAUACAGCUGUGUUUGUACUGCCACUCCUUGAAAAGACGCAAUUAUUGACAUUCAUGGUGUUCUAGAAUGGCCACAAGGGAACGUAGAAAUAAAC